ACCCUAGUACGCAGAGCACCUGAAAAAGGCCUAGAAGAAAACACAGAACAAAGCACUAAAUGAAAGAAACUACCUAAUGGAUACAUAAACUAGUUUUGCUAAGACAAACGUGUGAAUAUGACUCUGCUUCUUGACAAGUGUUUCAAUGGGAUGGAACUCUUAGAUCUCCUCUUUGAGCAGGCUCAUGAGAACUUGGUUCCUGGAGAGCCCGAGGGUGGCCAUGUUAACCUGGCCUGGCCAUUCCCGGAUCAAAGUUUACUGUCCAACAGUGAUGGAGCCGAUCAGUUCCUGGACUCUUUGCUGAAUGCAUGUGAAAGUGCAUCAGGGUCUAGCUCACCCCUCUGGGCACCAUCCCCCUGCGACAGCGGCAUCAGUGAUGAUCCCUUUUCAGACCAUUUGGACAGUCCUCCUCCUCCUCCUCCUCCUCCCUCUAACCUGCUCCUGGGCUCCUGCUUUGUCUCGCAGCACCAACAUCUUCUUGCUGUUUCUCCUCCUGCUCCUCCUCUUUCCCAACUACAGCAGCAGCACUCCAGAUGGGCCUCGAGCUCAGCAGAACGAGAUGUUUCCAUUAAUCUAGAAGCCUGGGAAUCGAGUAUGUCCUACAAUUCAAUGGAUUCUCAGUGUGUGCCAACAACAAAUCUGAGCCCUGAAGCCUCUUCAGCUUUCCAGCUCAGCGUGAAGGACCUGCUCCUCUCUAAUUUAGGAGAACCUCCCAAGCAGCCCUCGCAGAACUUGCUGGAGGAACUUGUUCUUAAUGAUGAUGAGAAGAAACUCUUAGCCAAGGAAGGAGUGGCUCUCCCCAGCCAGCUUCCCCUCACCAAGUAUGAAGAGAAGAUCCUGAAAAAGGUUCGCCGAAAGAUUCGUAACAAGCAGUCUGCACAGGAGAGCAGAAAAAAGAAGAAAGAGUAUCUUGAUGGCCUAGAGGGAAAAAUGGCUGCUUGCAGUGCCCAGAAUUUGGAGUUGCAGAAGAAAGUGAUUCAACUGGAAAAAAACAACACGUCUCUAAUGGAACAAUUACGAAGGCUGCAAGCCCUGAUCAUGAAUGGCUCUAACAAGCCUGCUCAGACUGGCACAUGUAUCCUGGUGCUACUGUUGUCUUUUUCUCUUAUCCUGUUCCCCAGGCUCCAACCUCUGUCCCCCAGCAGGGCGGAUGAUCAAGCAGAGUUUAGCACAGCCAAAGUUCAGUCUCGCUCACUGCGCUCUGUGGUAGAGGUCCAUAGUCUGCAUCCAGUUUCCUCCAUGGAUAGGCAUAUGGAGACACCAACCAACAUAGUUUCCAUCAGGCCUGAAUAUGCUGAUAUGGACCCCCCACACCACAACCGAAGUUAUGGAGAUCAGGAGCAUCACCAUGGCGACCCGAUUACUGGGCACAUGGCCAUGCUGGGUUGGUGUAAUUUGCAGCCUUGUCAUCAGAAAGACAGGAAAUGAUGUCCUACAUCAACUGAUUAGACAAUCUUUUUGCACUUCUAUGUUGUUGUUGUUUUUUUUGACAAUUUUAGUUUUGCUUGUCAAGAAAAAAUUCUCGUUUGUGUUUUGCAGAACCUGAAAACCAAAGUUCAAACAAAAGCAGCUUCAUGUUCAAUUACAGAGACUUCAGUAAAUUGAUCUCAUGGUCUCAUUAUACUUACAAAAUUGCCAUCUUGCCUUUUUCUAUUUGCAUUAUUUUCUUUGUCUGAAUCAGUUCAUUGUCAACCACUGGCUCACGUUAGUUGUGUAUCAAAACUGAUAACUAGUCCAGGUGGAGUCAGCAGGGCUCACAAAGAACAAGGAUGAGGUGUAAUUCUUCAGCACAUUAAAUAAUAGAGUCCUUGUAUCAGGACUAAAUGAACAGGAAAUUAGAUCUUCCUCUCAUAAACCAUGAAUAUUAAAGCAAAUAAAUUCAAACCAAACACAACAAAACAGUAGAAAUCAAUCAAAAUUGAAAAGCAACAAGAAAAACCACAAGAUCACAUCUAAUGAAAAUAAGAAAAAAUAUCUAUAUUUAAAAUGAUUAUAAAAUAUAUUGGUACAUGAAGCAAAAACAGGAAACUAUGGAUAUUUGCAUAUGUUUUGAGUUAAUAAGGGGAAAAACACAGGCAGCUAUAUCGAAAUAAAUUAUACAGAAAAGUAAAGAUAAAUGUAAAACCACAUAGGAUAAGUGCGAUAAAUAAACUGACGAAAACGGAACUUAUUUUUUGUUUUUGUUUUUAUGUUAAGGCAAUUGAUGUGUAUAAUAUAUAAUAUAAUAAAUUUUUUGGAAAUACUUUUAUUCCAUUCAUAUCAAUUCAUUUCUAAAACAUAUAACUGGUUCUAGUAACCUAAAUAUAAUUAUUAAUAUUGAUAUACUAGUAGCCCAUGUAAACAAACCAUGUUCCUGACCAUUCAAUUACUAAUAGUGAAAGCAUGAAUGCUGAAAAUGCAUGGUUGUAAAUGCAUUAAUACAAAUUCAUCUUUCACAUGCAUGGUAAUGGUUUUUCCUCCAGAGUCUUUAAUUGGUGAUAAAGCGGUUACUGAAGAUGAAACGAAUUAAAAAUAUGGAGUAUGUAUUCUAUUAAGACCAUCUAAUGCAAAGAGCAAUGGUUCAAGAAAGUGUGUUUGUUUUUCCAACCAUUUUGUCUUUUGUAACAUCUCAAAUACAGUCCUGUGUGUUUCAUAAUUCUUAUGAAAAUAAAUUAUAUGUUGUGUUCAUAUACAGUGUUUGUUCUCCCAGUACCAACACAUAUACAUUAAUAAAUAAUUAAGUUGUAUAUCUGAGUAAAAAUGGUUUCUUUACAGUAUAUAAUAUAAUAGCACCAGUAUGUUCAAUAUGAUGGCUAUGUACCCAAUUGAUCAAAACAGAUGCGUUUGUAAAUAAUAAUGAUGGUAUUGUAAGAAAACUGUUCCCGAAGCCAGUGUUUGAUUUUUCUUAUAAGCUCACAAAUACAGCUAUACAUGUGCAAUCAA